GCUCCCCCAAGUCCAGGGCUUGGCCAGGCAGUGGCUAUGGAGCUCCCUGCCGGACAAGGCCCUAUUCCCUUGUCCCCCAUUGAUAGGGAACCAUGGAGAGGCCAGUCAGGGACGUCCCCGAGACCACACACCAGCAUAUAAAAGAAAUGGUAGAACGGCCUCAGAACUUGGUGUCCGCUGCCCUCGCCCCGCCCUCUUGCUGGUCCCAGGGCCACCAGCUUUGCUCCCGUGGAGCUCCAGGCCCAGGGGGCAGCCAGUGUUGGGGGGAGGCAGCCCACGAAAGUGGCCAGACCACACAAGGCCUAGGCAGGAGAGGGAGAUGGGCCCUCCCGGGGAGGGCUCAAGCAGGGACGGGCACCCCCUUCCGUACAAGCCCUGAGGGCCCCUUAGGGUCACAGCGGGAGGUUAGGGUAGGAGCAGCUUGCCAGCAGGCCAAGUACCACCGUCUGACCAUGGGAGGGGGCCCCGACUGGGCAGAGGGAAGGAUGGGGUUUGAGCUAUGGAGCUUACCCUGGACCCUGGAAGGAAGCCGAUAGACAGGGGUUCCGCCCCAGAGAGGGAGGAGCAAAUUCAGAGCUGGUCUGUAAUAGAACCUUUGACAAGUACGCCUGCUGGCCGGACACCCCUGCCAACACUACGGCCAACACGUCCUGCCCCUGUGCAGCACCGCCUUGUCUUCAAGAAGUGCGGGCCCGAUGGGCAGUGGGUGCGCGGGCCGCGGGGGCAGUCCUGGCGCAACGCGUCUCAGUGCCAGAUGGAUGAGCAUGAGCUCAAGGGCCAGAAGGAGGUGGCCGAGAUGUACAGCGGCCUUCAGGUGAUGUACACGGUGGGGUACUCUCUGUCCCUGGGGGCGCUGCUGCUGGCUCUGGCUCUCCUGCUGGGCCUCAGCCAGCUCCGCUGCACCCGGAACUACAUCCACGCAAACCUGUUUGCGUCCUUCGUGCUCAAGGCCAGCUCCGUGCUGGUCAUCGAUGCGCUGCUCGAGACACGGUACAGCCAGAAGAUCGGGGAUGACCUCCGCGUGAGCGUCUGGCUGAGUGACGGGGCGGUGGCCGGCUGCCGGGUGGCCGCAGUGUUCAUGCAGUACGGCGUGGUGGCCAACUACAGCUGGCUGCUGGUGGAGGGUGUGUACCUGCACAGCCUGCUGGGCCUCGCCGCCCUCCCGGACAGGAGCUUCUUCGCCCUCUACCUGGGCAUCGGCUGGGGCGCCCCCAUGCUCUUUGUCAUCCCCUGGGCCGUGGUCAAGUGCCUGUUUGAGAACAUCCAGUGCUGGACCCGCAACGACAACAUGGCCUUCUGGUGGAUCCUGCGCUUCCCUGUGUUCCUGGCCAUCCUGAUCAACUUCUUCAUCUUCAUCCGCAUCCUUCUCAUCCUCACGGCCAAACUGCGAGCCCGCCAGAUGCGCCACACAGACUCCAAGUUCCGGCUGGCGAAGUCCACCCUGACCCUCAUCCCCCUGCUGGGGGUCCAUGAGGUGGUGUUUGCCUUCGUGACCGACGAGCACGCCCAGGGGACCCUGCGCUCUGCCAAGCUCUUCUUCGACCUCUUCCUCAGCUCCUUCCAGGGCCUGCUGGUGGCUGUUCUGUACUGUUUCCUCAAUAAGGAGGUGCAGUCGGAGCUGCUGCGGCGCUGGAACCGCUGGCGUGCCGGUCGCUCACUGCGGGAAGAACGCCACCCCAGCAGGCUCGGACCCCCAGCCCGGCCCACUGGCGACCCCCCCAGCGAGAAGCCGCUGCUCUCCAGAUCCGGAGGCAGCAGCAAUGAGACUGGCCGGGACCCUUCUGCAGACCCCUGCCUGGUCAGCAGUCUCCCCGGGCUGGCCGAGAGCCCCUUCUAAAGCUCCAGGAGGCCCCAGGAGGCCCAGCUAGGGCCGGACUCAGGGGCUGAGAGAGAGCACUGCUGGACCUCGCAGAGCCAGAUGCCCGGCGGCGGCAGGAGGGCUGGGAGCCAUGGUGGCUUCGCUGCUCACCGUCCGCAGUGGGGUGGUCUGAGGGCUGGGGGCUCCCUGCAUACCUGCUCCGUGCAGUGGGGGACGCGCUGGGAGGAGCCCCGCCAGCAGGCCGAGCUCAAGGAAACGUGUAUUCUCUGACAAUAAAGCGUCCAAGCCGGGGCUGCCUGGCACACCCGGGA